GCAGCAGCCGUGGCGGCCACGGGGCGGGGCGCGGCGGUCGGUGACCGCGGCCGGGGCUGCAGGCGGCGGAGCGGCUGGGUCGCCCAUAUUUGAUUUUGAGCUCCAAAAUGGAAGAUUGGAAAAUAUGUUUUGAAGAGCUUGCCAACACUUGGUGUCACAUGUGAGCCUCCCACAUGUAUUCACUCUCCAUUCCAGCUCUGUGAUUGAACUCUGCUCUUAUUGACUAGGGGGCAGUUGGGCAGGCAUGCUUCAUUCCUGGAAUUGACAGUCAUUCCUAAUUUUUGAAUAUACUAACACUGAAUCAGCACUUCUAAAGCCCUUCCUUCUCCCACUGGCUUCACUUGGCUUUCAGACAUAAUGAGGAGACUGGCUUUUCGAGGCGCUGGUUGUGCUCUGGUAAAGCUGAAGAAGUUGGAUUCCAUGGGUUCCAAGAGAAGAAGAGCUACCUCCCCUUCCAGCAGUGUCAGCGGGGACUUUGAUGAUGGGCACCAUUCUGUGUCAACACCAGGCCCAAGCAGGAAAAGGAGGAGACUUUCCAAUCUUCCAACUGUAGAUCCUAUUGCCGUGUGCCAUGAACUCUAUAAUACCAUCCGAGACUAUAAGGAUGAACAGGGCAGACUUCUCUGCGAGCUCUUCAUUAGGGCACCAAAGCGAAGAAAUCAACCAGACUAUUAUGAAGUGGUUUCUCAGCCCAUUGACUUGAUGAAAAUACAACAGAAACUAAAAAUGGAAGAGUAUGAUGAUGUUAAUUUGCUGACUGCUGACUUCCAGCUUCUUUUUAACAAUGCAAAGGCCUAUUAUAAGCCAGAUUCUCCUGAAUAUAAAGCCGCUUGCAAACUCUGGGAUUUGUACCUUCGAACAAGAAAUGAGUUUGUUCAGAAAGGAGAAGCAGAUGACGAAGAUGAUGAUGAAGAUGGGCAAGACAAUCAGGGCACAGUGACUGAAGGAUCUUCUCCAACUUACUUGAAGGAGAUCCUGGAGCAGCUUCUUGAAGCCAUAGUUGUAGCUACAAAUCCAUCAGGACGUCUCAUUAGCGAACUUUUUCAGAAACUGCCUUCUAAAGUGCAAUAUCCAGAUUAUUAUGCAAUAAUUAAGGAGCCUAUAGAUCUCAAGACCAUUGCCCAGAGGAUACAGAAUGGAAGCUACAAAAGUAUUCAUGCAAUGGCCAAAGAUAUAGAUCUCCUCGCAAAAAAUGCCAAAACGUAUAAUGAGCCUGGCUCUCAAGUAUUCAAGGAUGCAAAUUCAAUUAAAAAAAUAUUUUAUAUGAAAAAGGCUGAAAUUGAACAUCAUGAAAUGGCCAAGUCAAGUCUUCGAAUGAGGACUCCAUCCAACUUGGCUGCAGCCAGACUGACAGGUCCUUCACACAGUAAAGGCAGCCUUGGUGAAGAGAGAAAUCCCACUAGCAAGUAUUACCGUAAUAAAAGAGCAGUACAAGGAGGUCGUUUAUCAGCAAUUACAAUGGCACUUCAGUAUGGCUCAGAAAGUGAAGAAGAUGCUGCUUUAGCUGCUGCACGUUAUGAAGAGGGAGAGUCAGAAGCAGAAAGCAUCACUUCCUUUAUGGAUGUUUCAAAUCCUUUUUAUCAGCUUUAUGACACAGUUAGGAGUUGUCGGAAUAACCAAGGGCAGCUAAUAGCUGAACCUUUUUUCCAUUUGCCUUCAAAGAAAAAAUACCCUGAUUAUUACCAGCAAAUUAAAAUGCCCAUAUCACUACAACAGAUCCGAACAAAGCUGAAGAAUCAAGAAUAUGAAACUUUAGAUCAUUUGGAGUGUGAUCUGAAUUUAAUGUUUGAAAAUGCCAAACGCUAUAAUGUGCCCAAUUCAGCCAUCUACAAGCGAGUUCUAAAAUUGCAGCAAGUUAUGCAGGCAAAGAAGAAAGAGCUUGCCAGGAGAGACGAUAUCGAGGACGGAGACAGCAUGAUCUCUUCAGCCACCUCUGAUACUGGUAGUGCCAAAAGAAAAAGUAAAAAGAACAUAAGAAAGCAGCGAAUGAAAAUCUUAUUCAAUGUUGUUCUUGAAGCUCGAGAGCCAGGUUCAGGCAGAAGACUUUGUGACCUAUUUAUGGUUAAACCAUCCAAAAAGGACUAUCCUGAUUAUUAUAAAAUCAUCUUGGAGCCAAUGGACUUGAAAAUAAUUGAGCAUAACAUCCGCAAUGACAAAUAUGCCGGUGAAGAGGGAAUGAUAGAAGACAUGAAGCUGAUGUUCCGGAAUGCCAGGCACUAUAACGAGGAGGGCUCCCAGGUAUACAAUGAUGCACAUAUCCUGGAGAAGUUACUCAAGGAGAAAAGGAAAGAGCUGGGCCCACUGCCUGAUGAUGAUGACAUGGCUUCUCCCAAACUCAAGCUGAGUAGGAAGAGUGGCAUUUCUCCUAAAAAAUCAAAAUACAUGACUCCAAUGCAGCAGAAACUAAAUGAGGUCUAUGAAGCUGUAAAGAACUAUACUGAUAAGAGGGGUCGCCGCCUCAGUGCCAUAUUUCUGAGGCUUCCCUCUAGAUCUGAGUUGCCUGACUACUAUCUGACUAUUAAAAAGCCCAUGGACAUGGAAAAAAUUCGAAGUCACAUGAUGGCCAACAAGUACCAAGAUAUUGACUCUAUGGUUGAGGACUUUGUCAUGAUGUUUAAUAAUGCCUGUACAUACAAUGAGCCUGAGUCUUUGAUCUACAAAGAUGCUCUUGUUCUACACAAAGUCCUGCUUGAAACACGCAGAGACCUGGAGGGAGAUGAGGACUCUCAUGUCCCAAAUGUGACUUUGCUGAUUCAAGAGCUUAUCCACAAUCUUUUUGUGUCAGUCAUGAGUCAUCAGGAUGAUGAGGGAAGAUGCUACAGUGAUUCUUUAGCAGAAAUUCCUGCUGUGGAUCCCAACUUUCCUAACAAACCACCCCUUACAUUUGACAUAAUUAGGAAGAAUGUUGAAAAUAAUCGCUACCGGCGGCUUGAUUUAUUUCAAGAGCAUAUGUUUGAAGUAUUGGAACGAGCAAGAAGGAUGAAUCGGACAGAUUCAGAAAUAUAUGAAGAUGCGGUAGAACUUCAGCAGUUUUUUAUUAAAAUUCGUGAUGAACUCUGCAAAAAUGGAGAGAUUCUUCUUUCACCGGCACUCAGCUAUACCACAAAACAUUUGCAUAAUGAUGUGGAGAAAGAGAAAAAGGAAAAAUUGCCAAAAGAAAUAGAGGAAGAUAAACUAAAACGAGAAGAAGAAAAAAGAGAAGCUGAAAAGAGUGAAGAUUCCUCUGGUGCUGCAGGCCUCUCAGGCUUACAUCGCACAUAUAGCCAGGACUGUAGCUUUAAAAACAGCAUGUACCAUGUUGGAGAUUACGUCUAUGUGGAACCUGCAGAGGUCAACCUACAACCACAUAUAGUCUGUAUUGAAAGACUGUGGGAGGAUUCAGCUGGUGAAAAAUGGUUGUAUGGCUGUUGGUUUUACCGACCAAAUGAAACAUUCCACCUGGCUACACGAAAAUUUCUAGAAAAAGAAGUUUUUAAGAGUGACUAUUACAACAAAGUUCCAGUUAGUAAAAUUCUAGGCAAGUGUGUGGUCAUGUUUGUCAAGGAAUACUUUAAGUUAUGCCCAGAAAACUUCCGAGAUGAGGAUGUUUUUGUCUGUGAAUCACGGUAUUCUGCCAAAACCAAAUCUUUUAAGAAAAUUAAACUGUGGACGAUGCCCAUCAGCUCAGUUAGGUUUGUCCCUCGGGAUGUGCCUCUGCCUGUGGUUCGCGUGGCCUCUGUAUUUGCAAAUGCAGAUAAAGGUGAUGAUGAGAAGAAUACAGACAACUCAGAGGACAGUCGAGCUGAAGACAAUUUUAACUUGGAAAAGGAAAAAGAAGAUGUCCCUGUGGAAAUGUCCAAUGGUGAACCAGGUUGCCACUACUUUGAGCAGCUCCAUUACAAUGACAUGUGGCUGAAGGUUGGCGACUGUGUCUUCAUCAAGUCCCAUGGCCUGGUGCGUCCUCGUGUGGGCAGAAUUGAAAAAGUAUGGGUUCGAGAUGGAGCUGCAUAUUUUUAUGGCCCCAUCUUCAUUCACCCAGAAGAAACGGAGCAUGAGCCCACAAAAAUGUUCUACAAAAAAGAAGUAUUUCUGAGUAAUCUGGAAGAAACCUGCCCCAUGACAUGUAUUCUCGGAAAGUGUGCUGUGUUGUCAUUCAAGGACUUCCUCUCCUGCAGGCCAACUGAAAUACCAGAAAAUGACAUUCUGCUUUGUGAGAGCCGCUACAAUGAGAGCGACAAGCAGAUGAAGAAAUUUAAAGGAUUGAAGAGGUUUUCACUCUCUGCUAAAGUGGUAGAUGAUGAAAUUUACUACUUCAGGAAACCAAUUGUUCCUCAGAAGGAGCCGUCACCUUUGUUGGAAAAGAAGAUCCAGUUGCUAGAAGCUAAAUUUGCCGAGUUAGAAGGUGGAGAUGAUGAUAUUGAAGAGAUGGGAGAAGAAGAUAGUGAGGUCAUUGAACCUCCUUCUCUACCUCAGCUUCAGACCCCCCUGGCCAGUGAGCUGGACCUCAUGCCCUACACACCCCCACAGUCUACCCCAAAGUCUGCCAAAGGCAGUGCAAAGAAGGAAGGCUCCAAACGUAAAAUCAACAUGAGUGGCUACAUCCUGUUCAGCAGUGAGAUGAGGGCUGUGAUUAAGGCCCAACACCCAGACUACUCUUUCGGGGAGCUCAGUCGCCUGGUGGGGACAGAAUGGAGAAAUCUUGAGACAGCCAAGAAAGCAGAAUAUGAAGAGCGGGCAGCUAAAGUUGCUGAGCAGCAGGAGAGAGAGCGAGCAGCACAGCAACAGCAGCCGAGUGCUUCUCCCCGAGCAGGCACCCCUGUGGGGGCUCUCAUGGGGGUGGUGCCACCACCAACACCAAUGGGGAUGCUCAAUCAGCAGUUGACACCUGUUGCAGGCAUGAUGGGUGGCUAUCCGCCAGGCCUUCCACCUUUGCAGGGCCCAGUUGAUGGCCUUGUUAGCAUGGGCAGCAUGCAGCCACUUCACCCUGGGGGGCCUCCACCCCACCAUCUUCCACCAGGUGUGCCUGGCCUCCCGGGCAUCCCACCACCGGGUGUGAUGAACCAAGGAGUGGCCCCUAUGGUAGGGACUCCAGCACCAGGUGGAAGUCCAUAUGGACAACAGGUGGGAGUUUUGGGGCCUCCAGGGCAGCAGGCACCACCUCCAUAUCCCGGCCCACAUCCAGCUGGACCCCCUGUCAUACAGCAGCCAACAACACCCAUGUUUGUAGCUCCCCCACCAAAGACCCAGCGGCUUCUUCACUCAGAGGCCUACCUGAAAUACAUUGAAGGACUCAGUGCUGAGUCCAACAGUAUUAGCAAAUGGGAUCAGACACUGGCAGCUCGAAGACGCGACAUCCAUUUGUCAAAAGAACAGGAGAGCCGCCUACCCUCUCACUGGCUGAAAAGCAAAGGGGCCCACACCACCAUGGCAGAUGCCCUCUGGCGCCUUCGAGAUUUGAUGCUCCGGGACACCCUCAACAUUCGCCAAGCAUACAACCUAGAAAAUGUUUAAUCACAUCAUUAUGUUUCUUUUAUAUAGAAGCAUAAAGAGUUGUGGAUCAGUAGCCAUUUUAGUUACUGGGGGUGGGGGGAAGGAACAAAGGAGGAUAAUUUUUAUUGCAUUUUACUGUACAUCACAAGGCCAUUUUUAUAUAAGGACACUUUUAAUAAGCUAUUUCAAUUUGUUUGUUAUAUUAAGUUGACUUUAUCAAAUACACAAAGAUUUUUUUGCAUAUGUUUCCUUCGUUUAAAACCAGUUUCAUAAUUGGUUGUAUAUGUAGACUUGGAGUUUUAUCUUUUUACUUGUUGCCAUGGAACUGAAACCAUUAGAGGUUUUGUCUUGGCUUGGGGUUUUUGUUUUCUUGGUUUUGGGUUUUUUUAUAUAUAUAAAAGAACAAAAUGAAAAAAAAACACACAAGAGUUUACAGAUUAGUUUAAACUGAUAAUGAAAUGUGAAGUUUAUCCUAGUUUACAUCUUAGAGAGGGGAGUAUACUUGUUUUUGUUUCAUGUGCCUGAAUAUCUUAAGCCACUUUCUGCAAAAGCUGUUUCUUACAGAUGAAGUGCUUUCUUUGAAAGGUGGUUAUUUAGGUUUUAGAUGUUUAAUAGACAUGGCACAUUUGCUUUAUUAACUCAGAGGCUCACUACAGAAAUACGUAAUCAGUGCUGUGCAUCUGUCUGCGGCUAAUGUACCUCCUGGACACCAGGAGGGGAAAAAGCACUUUUUCAAUUGUGCUAAGUUAGACACCUGUGAGUUAGACUAUGGUGUCAGUGAUUUUUGCAGAACACGUGCACAACCCUGAGGUAUGUUUAGUCUAGGCAGGUACGUUUAAGGGUAUUUUGAUCUAUUUAUAAUGAAUUCACAAUUUAUGCCUAUAAAUUUCAGAUGAUUUAAAAUUUUAAACCGGUGACACUGAAAAACAUUGAAGUUCAUCUUGAAGAAAGCAUUAAGGUAUGCAUGGAGAUGAUUUAUUUUUAAACAUAACACCUAACCUAACAUGGGGAAGAGAGUAUGUAACUAGAUAUGAGCUGUAUAAGAAGCAUAAUUGUGAACGAGUAGAUUGAUUGCCUUCUUACAUAAGUAUGUUUUAGUAUUCCUUAUUUCCUUAUUAUCAGAUGUAUUUUUUCUUUUAAGUUUCAAUGUUGUUAUAAUUCUCAACCAGAAAUUUAAUACUUUCUAAAAUAUUUUUUAAAUUUAGCUUGUGCUUUUGAAUUAUAGGAGAAGGGAAUCAUAAUUUAAUAAAAUGCUCACUAGAAAGACCAUUACAGAUCCCAAACACUUGGGUUUGGUGACCCUGUCUUUCUUAUAUGACCCUAUAAUAAACAUUUGAAGGCAGCAUAGGAUGGCAGACAGUAGGAACAUUGUUUCACUUGGCGGCAUGUUUUUGAAACCUGCUUUAUAGUAACUGGGUGAUUGCCAUUGUGGUAGAGCUUCCACUGCUGUUUAUAAUCUGAGAGAGUUACUCUCAGAGGAUGCUAUUUUCCUUUUAAUCUGCUAUGAAUCAGCACCCAGAUGUUUAAUUACUGUACUUAUUAAAUCAUGAGGGCAAAAGAGUGUAGAAUGGAAAAAAGUCUCUUGUAUCUAGAUACUUUAAAUACAGGAGGCCCUUUAACUUAAUUGCCUUUAGUCAACCACUGGAUUUGAAUUUGCAUCAAGUAUUUUAAAUAAUAUUGAAUUUAAAAAAAUGUAUUGCAGUAGUGUGUCAGUACCUUAUUGUUAAAGUGAGUCAGAUAAAUCUUCAGUUCCUGGUUAUUUGGGCAAUUGAAUCAUCAUGGACUGUAUAAUGCAAUCAGAUUAUUUUGUUUCUAGACAUCCUUGAAUUACACCAAAGAACAUGAAAUUUAGUUGUGGUUAAAUUAUUUAUUUAUUUCAUGCAUUCAUUUUAUUUCCCCUAAGGUCUGGAUGAGACUUCUUUGGGGAGCCUCUAAAAAAAUUAUUCGCUGGGGGCCACGUGGGUCGUUAGAAGCCAGAGCUCUCCUCCAGGCUCCUUCCCAGUGCCUAGAGGUGCUAUAGGAAACAUAGAUCCAGCCAGGGGCUUCCCUAAGGCAGUGCAGCACUGGCCCAGGGCAUCACUAGACAGGCCCUAAUUAAGUUUUUUUUAAAAAGCCUGUGUAUUUAUUUUAGAAUCAUGUUUUUCUGUAUAUUAACUUGGGGGAUAUCAUUAAUAUUUAGGAUAUAAGAUUUGAGGUCGGCCAUCUUAAAAAAAGAAAAACCAAAAAAAAAAAAUUGACUUAAGAAAGUACAAAUAAACUAUACAUCUUUUUUUCGUAAGUUUUAGGAACUGUAGUAAUGUGGCUUAGAAAGUAUAAUGGCCUAAAUGUUUUCAAAAUGUAAGUUCCUGUGGAGAAGAAUUGUUUAUAUUGCAAACAGGGGGGACUGAGGGGAACCUAUAGGUUUAAAACAGUAUGUUUGUCAGCCAACUGAUUUGAAAGGCCUUUAACUGUUUUGGUUGUUGUUUUUUUCAAGCCACUCUCCCCUUCCUAUGAGGAAGAAUUGAGAGGGGCACCUAUUUCUGUAAAAUCCCCAAAUUGGUGUUGAUGAUUUUGAGCUUGAAUGUUUUCAUACCUGAUUAAAACUUGGUUUAUUCUAAUUUCUGUAUCAUAUCAUCUGAGGUUUAUGUGGUAACUAGUCUUAUAACAUGUAUGUAUCAUUUUUUUGUUGUUCAUCUAAAGCUUUUUAAUCCAAAUAAAUACAGAGUUUGCAAAGUGA